AUAUUCUCUGUGUUAUACUAUUUAUGUGCAGUAGUGUAUAUAAGAUGGAUUAGAAUAUACUAAAUAUACAGAUCAUAUGCACAUAUAUAUAUAUAUACGUGCGUGUGUGUUUGGGAAAUCCAGACGGCUAUUUCUUCGUCAUGGUCACGGGUAUCUCGCUUGAACAGAGACGAGAUUGAAUUCACGAGAAAACAUGCGAUGACGCCCGUGUCCGAGGGGCCCGGCCUCAAAGAUCCCCUGAUCCCAGUUCUUCUUCAAAACCCUCUGAGCUUCAUCUCUCUCUCUCUCUCUCAAUCUCUCUCUCUAUCUCUCUGUGUCUGGCUCUCUGACAUCUUCUGUAGCUUUUGGGUUCUCGAUCAGCUUCGAAGAAGCAAGUCUUAUGGGUUGCGCAGGCUCCCGACCCAAAACAGAUGGGCAAAGGGAGAGAUCACUAAGGAGGCCGAAAUCGUGGAAGCAUCCUUCGCCAAUAUCCAAAGCAGAACUCGUCCAGAUGCGGGAGGAGUUUUGGGACACCGCUCCUCACUACGGCGGCAAGAAAGAGAUCUGGGAUGCGCUAAGGGCGGCUGCGGAAGCAGAUGCUUGCCUCGCCCAAGCCAUCGUCGAGAGCGCCGGCGUAAUCGUACACAACACCGAUCUCUCCAUCUGUUACGACCAGAAAGGUGCAAAGUACGAACUGCCCAAAUACGUUCUGAGUGAACCAUCGAAUCUCAUCGGCCGAAGCUAAGAACAAAGCUCUACUCAUUCAGCAACGUCGUUCGAUCGACCGAGACAGAUGAAAAUGUUGGAUAAGGAUUUUUGUCUCUACGUACGUACGUGCCAAUAACAAAUAUCAAUGAUCCUAUAUAUAUAUAUAUAUAUAUAUAUCCUAUAUAAACCGUGAACAUAUAUAUAAUGAUAAACAAAAGCCAAUUAUGUAUGUGAAAAGUUGUGUGUUAUAUUCAACAUAAAAAAAAGUUUGUGUUUUA